CUUGCUGGUUGACGUCACUUUUGGUUCAUGAAGCCUUCGCCUAGAAGUGAAGCCGCUGAACAAACCUAGAGAAGAAUCAUCUCCUACUUCAAUCUGCUGCUGGGGAGGAACUAACCAGAGAGAACGAAGACGGAGAAGGAGGGAGGGGGCAGAAAGGCUUUCAUUAUCGCAACUCUCACCUCCAUUUCAACUCUUUGUACUUUUUUUUUCUCUUAUAAAAAUCAACUAGAGUAAUAAGGAAGGGGGUGGAGGUUACCAAAAACAAACAAAACAAAAAAAAAUCGUAACCUUCAGGACCAUCAGGGUAAGAAAGGGGGUAAAAUAACCCAAACCAAUCCAUCUACAGCGACUCCCACUCAGUUCGAAACUCAAGGUGAAUGACUUCACAGUUGGAAUGAGCCAUCAUCUCUCAUCAAUUUAAUUAAUUGAGAUAAAAGUUGCGCAACAGUGAUGACACAAGACUGACUACGUUCAUCACAAUAUGGAGUCUGGAGAGCGGUUAACAUCCACGACGGCCUCUUCGACUGCACCUACUUCAUCUUCUACAUCUUCUCCACCUUCUGUAGCUUCAGCAGUCUCCAAAGGUGGCCUUUCCGCUGGAGCUGCUUCACUCAGCUCCACAAUCAACACGUGUGGACAUUUAUUCAGAGCAGCUGGGGAUCAACCGUUUAACCUGUCCACAGUGUCGAGUGCCUUCCCAAUGGUCAGCCACCCAGUCUUUGGUCUACAUACAGCCAGCUCAGGGCAUUCAGAAUUUGGUGGUUUGGGGACACUUGGUACCCCUACAGCCUUAGCAGCACAUCCCCAACUAGCACCUUUUCCAGGUGCAGAAUGGUGGAGAACAGCAGAUGUACAUGCUCGAUCAGGGGCAACUUUCUUUUCACCACUCCUGGGGAUUCCGCCACUGUUUGCUUCUUCAGCUCAGAAUCAUGAUUCAUCUUCAUUCCAUUCAAGGAAUACAGGAAAAAAUAAUCGAAGUGGUCUAGAAAAAGGUGUAAAUGGGUCAGUAAAUGGAAACAGUCCAUCACCUGUAUCUGGCAUCAGUACAUCUGUAUUAGCCUCUACAGCUUCAAGUUCCACUGGACAAACAAAAGCUAUGACUCCAGGAGGAGGAAGUCGCAAAUGUAAUCAGGAUCAAAUGAAAAAUCCGCUUUUGGAUGCCAGAGCUGACAAAAUCAAAGAUAAGAAACCAAGAAAGAAAGCCAUGGAAAGUUCAAGCAACAGUGACAGUGACUCGGGCACAUCCUCAGACACCUCAAGUGAAGGCAUCAGUAGCAGUGACUCGGAUGAUUUAGAGGAAGAUGAAGAGGAAGAAGACCAAACUGUUGAAGAAAGUGAAGAUGAUGAUUCUGAUUCCGAAAGCGAAGCACAACAUAAAAAUAAAACCAAGGUGCUAUUGCAUGGCAUGGUGGACCUAAAGUCAGAUGGACAAAAAGCAGCUGAAAAGUCCCAAGAAAAAAGAAUACACCAGCCGAUACCUCUUGUGUCUGAAUCUCAGACUCACCCCUCACUCCAAUCCCAGCAGAAGCAGCCUCAGGUUUUGUCACAGCGGCUUCCCUUUAUUUUCCAAAGCUCUCAGGCAAAGGAGGGAUCUGUGAACAAACACACCAGUGUGAUACAGUCUACGGGAUUGGUGUCCAAUGUGAAACCUCUGUCUUUGGUAAAUCAAGCCAAAAAGGAAACUUACGUGAAACUCGAAGUUCCUUCUCCUGAUAUACCCAAAGCAGGGAAUAAAAAUACCUCUGAAGAAUCUAGCCCUUUGACCAGUGAAUUGAGAUCCAAACGGGAACAGUUCAAACAGACAUUCCCAACACAGAUAAAGAAACAAGAGUCAUCCAAGAGCCUGAAGAAGGUUAUUGCAGCUUUGUCAAGCCCAAAAGCAAUCUCUAGCUCACCAGCGCAUCCCAAACAAACAACAUUAGAAAAUAAUCAUUCUAAUCCAUUCUUGACAAAUGCACUUUUAGGUAAUCACCAACCAAAUGGAGUUAUUCAAAGUGUCAUCCAAGAAGCUCCUUUAGCACUUAUCACCAAAAGUAAAAGUCAAAGCAAGAUAAAUGAAAAUGUACCUACUUCGAGUAAUAUCCCUUUUUCUUCACCUGUAAAUUUAAGUACAUGUGGAAGAAAAACAUCAGGCAAUCGGACCCCUCUAAUGUCCUCUACCUCUCCUGUACUACAUGGUCCAGGGAAGGAAAAAUCAGUCAGCAAUAAUGUUAUAACCACAGUAAAUCCACAGCAUCACCUUCCUUCUGCAAAAUCCAUAGUGGAACAGUUUAGAGGAACAGAUUCAGACAUUCCCAGUAGUAAAGACUCUGAUGACUCCAAUGAUGAGGAUGAUGAGGAUGAUGAGGAUGAAGAGGAUGAUGAUGAAGAUGAUGAAGAUGAUGAUUCUGAUGACAGCCAAUCAGAAUCAGAUAGUAAUUCUGAAUCCGAUACAGAAGGAUCAGAAGAUGAUGAUGACGAGGAUGAUAAGGAUCAAGAUGAAUCAGAUAGUGAUACUGAAGGAGAGAAACCCCCAAUGCAAUUGAAUAAAACAACUUCCUCUGUCAAAAGCUCUUCCGUCAGUCUCACGGCUCACUCAACACCACUUAAUCUCCAAGUAGCCAAACCUCCAGGCUCUGGUCCUGCUGCCUUAUGUCCUGAAUCCCAGUCACCCGUUUUCCUCAGCACUCCUUCUUCUACACUUACUUCAAGUCCACACUGUGGUACUUCCAAAAGGAGGAGAGUAACAGAUGAGCGGGAACUUCGCAUUCCUUUGGAAUAUGGCUGGCAAAGGGAGACACGAAUAAGGAACUUUGGAGGGCGCCUACAAGGAGAAGUAGCAUAUUAUGCUCCAUGUGGAAAGAAACUUAGACAGUAUCCUGAAGUAAUAAAGUAUCUCAGCAGAAAUGGAAUAAUGGAUAUCUCAAGGGACAAUUUCAGCUUCAGUGCAAAAAUAAGAGUGGGUGACUUCUAUGAAGCCAGAGAUGGACCGCAGGGAAUGCAGUGGUGUCUUCUGAAGGAAGAGGAAGUCAUCCCCCGAAUCAGGGCAAUGGAAGGUCGUAGAGGACGACCACCCAAUCCAGAUAGACAGUGUGUUAGAGAGGAAUCCAGGAUGAGACGGCGCAAAGGUCGACCUCCAAAUGUUGGUAGCAGUGAAUUUCUCGAUAAUACAGAUGCCAAACUCUUAAGGAAGCUGCAAGCGCAAGAAAUAGCAAGACAAGCUGCACAAAUAAAGCUUUUGAGGAAACUUCAGAAGCAAGAACAGGCUCGAGUUGCCAAAGAAGCAAAGAAGCAACAAGCAAUAAUGGCCGCUGAAGAGAAACGAAAACAAAAGGAACAGAUAAAGAUAAUGAAACAGCAGGAGAAAAUUAAGAGAAUACAGCAAAUCAGAAUGGAAAAAGAACUUCGAGCCCAGCAAAUUCUAGAGGCUAAAAAGAAAAAGAAGGAAGAAGCGGCAAAUGCCAAAUUAUUGGAGGCCGAGAAACGAAUAAAGGAAAAAGAAAUGAGAAGACAACAAGCUGUUCUUUUGAAGCAUCAGGAGUUGGAGAGGCAUAGACUAGAUAUGGUAUGGGAAAGAGAGAGAAGACGACAACACAUGAUGCUUAUGAAAGCUAUGGAAGCUCGUAAAAAAGCAGAAGAAAAAGAAAGAUUGAAGCAAGAAAAACGUGAUGAAAAAAGAUUAAAUAAAGAACGUAAACUAGAGCAACGAAGAUUAGAAUUAGAAAUGGCAAAGGAAUUAAAGAAGCCUAAUGAAGAUAUGUGCUUAGCAGACCAAAAGCCUUUGCCAGAGUUACCGCGCAUCCCAGGACUUGUUCUCUCUGGAAGUACAUUUUCAGAUUGUCUCAUGGUGGUACAGUUCUUAAGAAAUUUUGGUAAAGUUCUAGGCUUUGAUGUGAACAUUGAUGUCCCGAACCUGAGUGUUCUUCAAGAGGGAUUACUCAAUAUUGGAGAUAGCAUGGGUGAAGUACAGGACUUACUUGUAAGGCUCCUCUCUGCUGCUGUCUGUGAUCCAGGCCUAAUAACAGGAUACAAGGCCAAAACAACUCUUGGGGAACAUUUACUGAAUGUUGGUGUUAACCGGGACAAUGUUUCUGAGAUCCUGCAGAUUUUUAUGGAAGCCCAUUGCGGACAAACUGAACUUACAGAAAGCCUCAAGACAAAAGCUUUUCAGGCACACACUCCGGCUCAGAAAGCUUCAGUACUUGCUUUCCUUAUUAAUGAGCUAGCAUGUAGCAAGAGUGUUGUAAGUGAAAUUGACAAGAAUAUUGAUUAUAUGUCAAACUUAAGGAGAGACAAAUGGAUGGUAGAAGGUAAACUUCGAAAACUCAGAAUCAUUCAUGCUAAGAAAACAGGGAAAAGAGACACCACAGGUGGAGGUGAACUGGGAGAAGAACCACAUUCUUUAGGUACACCCACUACUGGACGCAAGCGAAGACGGAAAGGGGGAGAUAGUGACGAUGAUGAUGACGAUGAUGAUGAUAGUGAUGACCAAGCUGAUGAAGAGGAUGAAGAUGAAGAAGAUAAAGAUGACAAAAAAGGAAAGAAAAUAGAUCUCUGUGAUGAUGAGGAUGAUGGUGAUCAAGCAGCAAGUGUUGAAGAGCUGGAGAAACAGAUUGAAAAACUGACUAAACAACAGAGUCAGUACAGAAGGAAGCUCUUUGAUGCUUCUCACUCUUUACGGUCAAUGAUGUUUGGCCAGGAUCGUUAUCGACGCAGAUACUGGAUUCUUCCCCAGUGUGGGGGUAUUUUUGUGGAAGGCAUGGAAAGUGGUGAAGGUCUAGAAGAAAUUGCAAAAGAGAAAGAAAAAUUGAAAAAAGCUGAAAUUAUACAAAUCAAAGAAGAAAUGUUUGAGAACUCUGAUGAUACAUUAAACUGUUUAAAUACAGGCCACUGUGAGCAAAAAGAAGAUCUUAAAGAAAAAGACAACACUAAUCUAUUUCUCCAAAAACCUAGCUCUUUCUCCAAAUUAAGCAAGUUGUUAGAAGUAGCUAAAAUGCCUCCUGAGUCAGACAUUAUGAACCCAAAACCAAAUGGUGGUGCAGCCAAUGGAUGCACAUUGUCUUACCAAAACGGUGCAAAAAAUUCUCUCUGCAGCCUUCAAUCAGCAGUAUCACAAAGCAACAAGGAAAAGGCAGAUUCUAACCUAUUUAAUCCAGUCUCCAGUGGUCAAGGGAAGUUUUACAGCCCUCCAUUAAUUGCCAAUGACCAAUUGUUAAAAACCCUGACAGAAAAGAAUAGACAGUGGUUCAGCCUUUUACCCAGAACGCCCUGUGAUGACACUUCCCUUACCCACGCAGACGGAUCUGCUGUUGCUUCACUGGUUCCUCAUUCUCAGCCUCCUUCUAAAUCACCUUCACCUGUUCCAUCACCCCUUCUUGGGUCUUCCUCUGCACAGAAUACAAUGGGCCUCAGUCCAUUUGCUUUAUCGCCGCUUCAGAUGAAGAGUGGAUUACCUAUAAUGGGACUUCAGUUUUGUGGAUGGCCAACAGGAGUUCUCACUUCAAAUGUUCCCUUUACAUCUCCUUUACCUAGUCUGGGAUCAGGGCUGGGAUUGUCAGAAGGAAGUGGUAAUCCAUUCUUGACCCCAAAUGUUUCUUCAUGUAAAAGUGAAUCACCAGUGCCACAGAAUGAAAAGGCAUCAUCGGCUAUCCCUGGAACAGUUGAAGUAGCAAAGCCAGUAGAUUUUCCUAGUCCAAAACCCAUUCCAGAAGAAAUGCAGUUUGGUUGGUGGAGAAUUAUUGACCCAGAGGACCUAAAAGCUUUGCUUAAAGUGCUACAUCUCAGGGGGAUAAGGGAAAAGGCAUUGCAGAAGCAAAUACAGAAACACUUGGAUUAUAUUACUCAGGCCUGCAUCAAAAAUAAGGAUGUCGCUAUUAUUGAAAUAAAUGAAAAUGAAGAAAACCAAGUAACUCGAGAUAUUGUAGAGAACUGGUCGGUGGAUGAGCAAGCAAUGGAGAUGGACUUGACUAUUCUUCAGCAGGUAGAAGAUUUAGAAAGGAGAGUUGCAUCAGCAAGUUUACAAGUGAAGGGUUGGAUGUGCCCAGAGCCUGCAUCAGAAAGGGAAGACUUGGUAUAUUUUGAGCAUAAGUCAGUUACUAAAUUGUGCAAGGAGCAUGAUGGAGAGUUUACUAGAGGAGAAGAAAGCAGUGCCAGCCCUCUAGAACGGAAGAGUGACAACCCUCUAGAUAUAGCUGUAACCAGGCUGGCUGAUUUGGAGCGGAACAUAGAGCGAAGGUAUCUGAAGAGCCCCUUAAGUACCACCAUUCAGAUCAAACUGGAUAAUGUGGGCACAGUUACUGUCCCUGCUCCUGCACCAUCCAUUAGUGGUGAUGGUGACGGAAUUGAAGAGGAUAUUGCUCCAGGGCUCAGGGUAUGGAGAAGGGCAUUAUCAGAAGCUCGCAGUGCUGCACAGGUAGCUCUGUGCAUUCAGCAGUUACAGAAAUCAAUAGCAUGGGAAAAAUCAAUUAUGAAAGUUUACUGCCAGAUUUGCCGAAAGGGAGAUAAUGAGGAACUGCUUCUUCUUUGUGAUGGCUGUGACAAAGGCUGCCAUACUUACUGCCAUAGGCCCAAGAUUACUACCAUUCCAGAUGGGGACUGGUUUUGUCCAGCUUGCAUUGCUAAGGCAAGUGGUCAAACUCUAAAAAUCAAAAAACUUAAUAUCAAAGGAAAAAAGAGUAAUGAACAAAAGAAAGGGAGGAAAUUAUCUCUAACAGGUGAUACUGAAGAUGAAGAUUCAGCAGCCACAAGUAGUUCACAAAAGAAAGGAAAUAAAGACCCCAAGAAAAGAAAAAUGGAGGAAAAUGUCUCUGUAAACUUGUUAAAACAAGAAAGUUUUACUUCUAUUAAGAAACCUAAAAGAGAUGAUUCUAAGGACCUGGCUUUAUGCAGCAUGAUCCUGACUGAAAUGGAAACUCAUGAAGAUGCAUGGCCUUUUCUACUUCCUGUAAACUUGAAACUUGUCCCUGGUUACAAGAAGGUUAUUAAGAAACCGAUGGAUUUUUCUACCAUUAGAGAAAAACUAAGUAGUGGACAGUACUCUAACCUUGAAACCUUUGCUCUAGAUGUCAGGCUUGUUUUUGACAACUGUGAAACCUUUAAUGAAGAUGAUUCUGACAUAGGCAGAGCUGGCCACAACAUGAGGAAGUAUUUUGAAAAAAAAUGGACAGAUAUUUUCAAAGUGAGCUGAAGUUAUCAGAACUACUCUUCCCCCUUUAAACAGGACAGAUGAGACCAGCAAUGUGAACUGUAUUUACGUAAAAGUGCAAGGCACAUACAUAAGACUUUUUUUUUCCUUAAGUAUCAGAAAAGUGAUACUACUUCUAAAGGCUUCACUCCUACAGCAACCAUGGCCCUUGGUUAUUGGUUUGUAUGUUUUAUCAACUAAUUUAGGUAGAACAGGGAAGCACACCCAAAGAAUUUUCAAAGAGAGGGGUGUUAUAGUGCAAUAGCAAUGAAAAUAUAUCAAAACGCACUGAAUAUUCAACCACCAGAGCUCUACUUGGGAAAUGGUUCUCCUUUCCCACUCAAUAAAUAUCUAUUUUUCAUUUUUUUACUUUGUAGUUUAUUUUUUAGUGAAUGUAUUUAAUUUUAUGAAUUAUUUAUGAUUAAACUGCAUCCAGAAUCUUCGUUUUCUGUGAAAAGGAAGAAUUAGAAAAUUGCUUUAAAUCUUGAAAAUACAACGAGGAAUGUUUUAAAAUAUAAAACAAAGCCAAGUAAAACUGUUUACACUGAUGUGCUAUAAAAGCACUAAAAAUUAAACUUUACUGUAGAGUAACAAGUACAUUUAUAUAUAUGUUGCUGCAUCACUUGUGUAGUUAAAUUGUAUUUCAAGACAGUGAAGAAAAAUUGACAUGUAUAUACUGUUCAUUAUUGUUUAUAUUAAGUAUUGUUUUAAAUAUGUAUGAUGUGUACAUAUUGUUGCAGACAUUAUUGUUUAUGCCUUAGAAGGAUUGUAGCAUUUUAUUUUAGUCUUAAGGUAAUUAUAGCUAUACAGCUUGUACAGUAAUUAUCCUCUACCAACACUGUGGAGUCUCCUUAAUCUUGGUAGUGCCUGCCUUUGAAACAGGGUGUAGGGGAUAUUAGUUUUCCAUUUUUUCUAUUUUGUUAUAUAAUUUCAAGCCACCAGGGCCUACAAAUUCAAGUAUAUAAUCAUUUGUAUCCAUGUGGAAUAAAAUUGUGACAAUUUCCUACGCACACAGUAUUUUUUCAUAGAAACAUUUCCCUCCCAUUUGCCUUGCCACAGAAAUAAAUUAAAAAAAAGAAAAAAAGACAUUUGUAACCACUGUGUUUUAUCUACUGUGUGUUGUGGUGGCCUAUUGGAGGCAGAUAGAUGAGAAUUUUUUUUGUACCUAUGUAAGAGUACUUGAAGUUUUAUUUAAAAUAAAAUGUUGUGGAAAAGGUAGCAAUCUUUUCCCCCCCCUUUUUUUUAGGAGUGUUAUUUUUCACUAGUAUGUGUGGCACGGAUACAAUAAAAGACUUUUGCAAACUA